CUCGCCUUUAACUGCAAACCAAACCAAGCCACCGAGUCCGGAAAGCGUCGCCGCAAAACUACAUCCCGUAAGACACACCCACGCCAUCCAGAUCAAAGCCACCCACCGGCCAGAGAAGAACAAAAUAUCUUCUCCUCUCUUCCCUCUAUCGGAUCGGUUCCCCGACUCCUCCUGCCGCCGAUCGAUCGUGGCGUGUGCGGGGCACGAGAUUUUGCCGGUUUGGAGCCAGAUAGGGGUAUGAGCUGUUUUGCGCACCGCCGCUGCUCCGACGCCGCCCGCCGUCAGGACGGCCUCCUCGUCUUCGUCUUCUUCCUCUCGAUUCCCAUACGUAGUAUUAGCAAUAGUAAUUCUAAUUUAAGUAGUAGUAAUCUCUUGUAAACUGCUCUCGUGCUCGCGGUUGCGUGUACGGGGACGGAGCGACCUUCUUCUGUUGUUGCUUGUUCCUCUUUCUCCUCUUCUUCCUCGGCGGCAGCGGCAGCGGCGGUUAUGGAUCCCAAUAGCCUCAAAACUGGAGGCCUUCUGCUCCCAACCAUUGAAAGGCGGUGCACAUCGCCUCCAUCAGUCAUCGUGAUCGGCGGUGGCAUCUCGGGCGUGGCAGCUGCUCGUGCUCUCUCCAAUUCUUCAUUCAAGGUGACUGUUCUGGAGUCCAGAGAUCGUAUUGGUGGACGUGUUCAUACUGAUUACUCAUUUGGAUGCCCAAUUGAUAUGGGAGCCUCAUGGCUGCACGGUGUGUGUAAUGAGAAUUCUCUGGCACCAUUGAUCGGAUAUCUCGGGCUAAGGUUAUAUCGCACCAGCGAUGACAACUCUGUUCUGUAUGAUCAUGAUUUAGAAAGCUAUGCUCUCUUUGAUAAGGAUGGCAAUCAGGUCCCAAAGGAUACAGUCGAUAAAGUUGGAGAAACAUUCGAAAGAAUUCUUGAAGAGACGGUAAAAGUGCGUGAUGAGCAGGAACAUGACAUGCCCCUUCUACAGGCAAUUUCUAUUGUGUUUGAGAGGCACCCCCAUCUAAAGCUGGAAGGGCUAUCUGAUCAGGUCCUGCAAUGGUGUGUCUGCAGGCUCGAGGCAUGGUUUGCUGCAGAUGCAGAUGAAAUAUCUCUGAAAAAUUGGGAUCAGGAGCGUGUUCUUACUGGUGGUCAUGGACUGAUGGUAAAUGGAUAUUAUCCUGUUAUUGAGGCCCUUGCUCAAGGUCUUGACAUCAGGCUUAAUCAAAGGGUCACCAAAAUUGCCCGGCAAUACAAUGGAGUUAAGGUCACUACUGAAGACGGCACGAACUACUUUGCUGACGCUUGCAUAAUCACUGUGCCGCUCGGUGUGCUCAAGGCAAACAUAAUCAAGUUCGAGCCUGAACUGCCCCCAUGGAAGUGCUCUGCCAUCGCGGACCUCGGUGUUGGCAUCGAGAACAAGAUCGCCAUGCACUUCGACAGAGUCUUCUGGCCCAACGUUGAGGUCCUGGGAAUAGUUGGCCCGACGCCUAAAGCUUGUGGAUACUUCCUGAACCUCCACAAGGCCACUGGCAAUCCGGUCCUCGUGUACAUGGCUGCUGGAAGGUUCGCCCAGGAAGUGGAGAAACUGUCGGACAAGGAAGCUGUCGAUCUGGUCGUUUCUCACCUGAAGAAGAUGCUUCCAGAUGCCACUGAACCUACGCAGUACUUGGUUUCACGCUGGGGCUCUGACCCGAACACUCUGGGAUCCUAUUCGUGCGACCUGGUCGGGAAGCCGGCCGACGUGUGCGCGAGGUUCUCCGCCCCCGUGGAGAACCUGUACUUCGCCGGUGAGGCGGCCAGCGCCGAGCACUCGGGUUCCGUGCACGGCGCGUACUCGUCGGGUCUCGCCGCCGCCGAGGAAUGUAGGAAGCGCCUCCUGACGCAGAAGGGCGUCCCGGACCUCGUCCAGGUCGCGGCUUGGGAGGUGGUGGCCGGAGUUGUGGCUCCCCUGCAGAUUUGCAGGACCUGAGCUUGGCAGCUGCGCGGCCGUUUGGCCUUGAUUGAUUUGAUCACUUCGUUGACUCGGAUUGGGGCAAAGAAGCCAUGAACUUUCCGAGCCGUCGCGAGCAAGGAUUGCACGAUCUUAUUAUUUAUUAUGUCGUAAUAUUGUGUAUCGUAAACGUGUUACUGUUUUGAUUUGGAAUAAGUGGAGAUCUACUGCUGAUCUUCAGCGGUCGGACACGGAACUCUUAUAAUGUUAUUACUUUUACUCUUAUAUAAAAAAAAA